AUGGCAAUCCUCUACACAGACGCGUCGUCGCAGGCCGGCGCGUCCUCGACCGACGCGGGCCUGUUCUCCUUGGACCUCAUCUCGCCCGAGGUCGCCGCGGCCCUGCCAGAGGGCUACAAGAUGCGCUCGCUGCGCAAGUCGGACUACGACUCGGGCUACCUCGACUGCCUGCGCGUGCUGACGACGGUCGGCGAGUUUGACCGCUCCGCGUUCGAGGUGCGCUUUGACGAGUUCGCCCAGUCGCCCGGUAGCUACUACAUCUUGGUGGUGGAGGAUGCCGAGGGGAGGGUCGUCGGGACUGGCGCGUUGAUUGUUGAGCGCAAGAUAAUCCACAGCCUCGCCUCGGUCGGUCACAUUGAAGAUAUCGCGGUCGCAAAGGAUCAGCAGGGCAAGAAGCUCGGCCUGCGCAUUAUCCAGGCACUUGAUUACAUCUCAGAAAAGGUUGGGUGCUACAAGAGCAUUCUGGACUGCAGCGAGAAGAACGAGGGCUUCUACGACAAAUGUGGCUUCAAGCGUGCAGGGCUGCAAAUGGCGCACUAUUACGACAGCAAAUAG